ACAUGUGGGAAGAGCCUUUCCUCAUCUAGUAACCUCAAGAAGCACAUGAUGAUCCACACUGGAGAGAAGCCCUACAGCUGUGACCUCUGUGGUAAAACCUUUAGCCAGGCUGGCCAUUUCAGAGCUCAUAGCAGGAUCCACACUGGAGAGAAGCCUUACAGCUGUGACCUCUGUGGUAAAACCUUUCGCUACGCUCACCAUUUCAAAUAUCAUAGCAGAAUCCACACUGGAGAGAAACCCUACAGCUGUGACCUCUGUGGUAAAACCUUUAGCCAUGCUAGCAAUUUCACAGUUCACCGCAGGAUCCACACUGGAGAAAAGCCCUACAGCUGUGAGCUGUGUGGUAAAACCUUUAAAUUUACUGGGGCAUUGACAGUUCACAGCAGAAUCCACACUGGAGAGAAGCCCUACAGCUGUGACCUCUGUGGUAAAACCUUUAGUCGUGCUGGCAAUCUCAGAUCUCAUAGCAGGAUCCACACUGGAGAGAAGCCCUACAGCUGUGACGUCUGUGAUAAAACCUUCAACUCUGCUAGCCAAGUCACAGUUCACAGCAGGAUCCACACUGGAGAGAAGCCUUACAACUGUGACCUCUGUGGUAAAACCUUCAGCCAGGCUGGCAAUUUCACAUAUCACCGGAGGAUCCACACUGGAGAAAAGCCCUACAGCUGUGAGCUGUGUGGUAAAACCUUUAGCCAUGCUAGCAGUUUCAAAGUUCACCGCAGGAUCCACACUGGAGAGAAGCCUUACAGCUGUGACCUCUGUGGUAAAACCUUUCGCUACGCUCACCAUUUUAAAUAUCAUAGCAGAAUCCACACUGGAGAGAAGCCCUACAGCCGUGACCUCUGUGGUAAAACCUUUAAACAAACUGGGCAACUGACAGUUCACCGCAGGAUCCACACUGGAGAGAAGCCCUACAGCUGUGACCUCUGUGACUAUUCAGGUAAAACAAAUAGCCAGCUGAAGAGACACCUGCGUACAUGUGGGAAGAGCCUUUCCUCAUCUAGUAACCUCAAGAAGCACAUGAUGAUCCACACUGGAGAGAAGCCCUACAGCUGUGACCUCUGUGGUAAAACCUUUAGCCAGGCUGGCAAUUUCAGAGCUCAUAGCAGGAUCCACACUGGAGAGAAGCCUUACAGCUGUGACCUCUGUGGUAAAACCUUUCGCUACGCUCACCAUUUCAAAUAUCAUAGCAGAAUCCACACUGGAGAGAAGCCCUACAGCUGUGACCUCUGUGGUAAUACCUUUAGUCGUGCUGGCAAUCUCAGAUCUCAUAGCAGGAUCCACACUGGAGAGAAGCCUUACAGCUGUGACCUCUGUGGUAAAACCUUUCGCUACGCUCACCAUUUCAAAUAUCAUAGCAGAAUCCACACUGGAGAGAAGCCCUACAGCUGUGACCUCUGUGGUAAUACCUUUAGUCGUGCUGGCAAUCUCAGAUCUCAUAGCAGGAUCCACACUGGAGAGAAGCCUUACAGCUGUGACCUCUGUGGUAAAACCUUUCGCUACGCUCACCAUUUCAAAUAUCAUAGCAGAAUCCACACUGGAGAGAAGCCCUACAGCUGUGACCUCUGUGGUAAAACCUUUAGCCAUGCUCCCAGUUAUACAAAUCACCGCAGGAUCCACACUGGAGAGAAGCCCUACAGCUGUGACUUCUGUGGUAAAACCUUUCGCCAGUCUAGCAGUUACACAUAUCACCGCAGGAUCCACACUGGAGAGAAGCCCUACAGCUGUGACCUCUGUGGUAAAACCUUUCGCCAGGCUGGUAAUGUCCCAGUUCACAGCAAAGUCCACACUGGAGAGAAGCCCUACUACUGUGACCUCUGUGACUAUUCAGGUAAAACAAGUAGUCAUCUGAAGAGACACCUGCGUGUCCACAUAAAAAAAAAACCAAACUGGAAGAACUACUGA